AUGGGUUCCAACGCUCUCCCAUACAUGGAGACUAAGCCUAAGCUCAUCUUCUUCACCGAUUUCGAUGGGACAAUUACAGUUGAUGACAGCAAUGACUUCAUGAUUGAUACCCUUGGCUUCGGCCGGGAAAAGCGUCUCGCGUUGGGCGACCGGGUCCUUAACGAGACUCUGAGCUUCCGGGAUGCCUUCCGCGAGAUGCUUGAAAGCAUCAAGACCCCAUACAACGAGUGCAUCGAGACCCUGUUGAAGAACAUGAAGCUGGACCCGUACUUCGAGGAAUUCUACUACUGGGCCAAGGAGAACAACGUUCCCAUUGUCAUCCUGUCAUCUGGAAUGCGACCCAUUAUCAGCGCCUUGUUGGAGAAAUUCCUCGGCCACAAGCCAGCCAGCCACCUCACCAUCAUUUCCAACGAGCCUGUGAGCCGGGACGGCAAGGAUAUCAACAGCGAGGGUGGUUGGCAGAUUGAGUACCAUGAUGACAGCCACUUCGGGCAUGACAAGUCCCUAGAGAUCAAGCCUUAUGCCACGUUGCCCGACGGAGAGCGCCCGAUUCUUCUAUACGCUGGAGAUGGUAUUUCUGAUUUGUCUGCGGCUGCAGAAACCGAUCUUCUCUUCGCCAAGCAAGGCAAAGAUUUGGUGACAUACUGCCAGCGCAGGGGAAUGCCUUACACCACUUUCAAGAAUUGGUCCACAAUCCUCUCGACUUCCAAAGACAUCUUGAGUGGCAAGCUGUCCCCGAGUGAUGUGGCUGCCAAGCCUUCGCUCGGUCCUUGCCAGGGUGAUAUCUAUCUCAUCAUGGCUCGCCGGCUAGUCCGAGCGAGUGUACAGCUCGUUUUAUUCGCAACAUUCAUUCUCCUACUCGUGGUCGUUCUCGAUAAUCGAUUUAGUGUCCUUCCCUCUUCAAUCCAUGGCCAUCUUCCGUCGCAUUAUUCCGGCUACGUGAUCACAGAUGUGACCGUAACAACAUGUUCUACUCUCAAUCCAUUCUCGAGCUGCAAGCUAGACCCAGAAGCCUGGUACCGCGUCGAUAAGGACCUUUACCUGCGCUCGGGCUGGACCUCGAGUGCAUACGUUCAAUUUAGACGGAAAAAGGAGGAGGAAUUGGGCCUUGAUGACAAGGUGGUCAUCGAUUUGAAAAUCAGUCGUCUUACUCCUACAUCUGAAUUUGUUGGAAAGACCGAAAUCGAAGCCUGGGAACCCCGACCGGGAGGCAUCUGGCUCAAGCGUUCGUCCUCCCGCCAUGCUAGCGACUCUGAAAAAGCCGUGACGUACAUCGAUGUCCUUUAUGGAGCGGAUGCUGUCGAUCCUCGUCCCAACUGGGAAGUCAAAGAUACCCCCAUUCUCCUGGAUAGUAUGACGGAACAGUUGGAGACUCGCCUUAGCAUUCGCAGAGGGCACCCGCAGGCCAAACCUAAGAAACCCGUUCCUAGGAUCAACGAGAAUGGCAAAUUUAAGGUUAUGCAGUUGGCGGAUCUCCACAUGAGCACCGGUCUGGGCCACUGUCGUGACCCUGUGCCUGUUGAAGCGGUGGCUGGCCGGAAGUGUGAAGCCGACCCCCGAACCUUGGAGUUCGUCGCACGACUUCUCGACGAAGAGAAGCCAGACAUGGUGGUUCUAUCAGGUGACCAGAUCAACGGAGAGACCGCCCCAGAUGCACAAAGUGCUCUCUACAAGGCUGUAAAACUUUUGGUUGAUCGCAAGAUUCCUUACGCAGCCAUCUUCGGAAACCACGACGACGAGGGUGACCUCAACCGAGAACAACUCAUGACCAUAUACGAAGAUCUUCCUUAUUCUCUUUCAGCCGCCGGCCCUGAAGACAUUGACGGAGUCGGAAACUACGUUGUCGAAGUCCUCGAUUGGGGCAAAAGCACACACUCUGCCCUGACCCUCUAUUUCCUUGACACGCAUUCAUACUCCCCUGACGAGCGUCAGUUCCGCGGCUACGAUUGGAUCAAGCCGAGCCAAACCCGGUGGUUCAAGAACACCGCCCAAAGCCUGAGAAGCAAACAUCAGGAAUACAACCAUAUCCACAUGAAUGCGGCAUUCGUCCACAUUCCGCUCCCUGAGUAUCGAGCGUCAGGAAAGUACUUUAAGGGUGCAUGGAUGGAACCACCCACUGCACCAGGGUUCAACUCUGGCUUCAAGGAUGCCCUCGAAGAAGAGGGCGUCUUGUUUGUUAGCUGUGGGCAUGAUCAUGUCAAUGACUAUUGCAUGCUUGAGCAAGACACCAAUGAGAAGCCCUCUCUUUGGAUGUGCUACGGCGGCGGUGUCGGAUUCGGCGGGUAUGGUGGCUACGAUGACUUUGUCCGACGAGUGCGUUUCUUCGACUUCGACAGAGGCCCAGGUCGUGUAUCAACAUACAAGCGUCUAGAAUGGGGUCAGACAGAAGCCAAGAUCGACGAAAUGAUGAUCGUGGAUGGCGGUGCCGUCAAAGGCCCAGACGCAGCAUCCCAAUGA